AUGAUUAUUCACAUCUUGGUGUGGCAAUUCCAAGUUGGUUCCUGGAACAGACUCCAGAGGUUUGUGGCCUUCCAGACAGCAGCUGGCGCCGGGCAGAGGCAUCGCUUCGGGCCGGAGCUGCUGGCGACCGCGCGGCGCUUGGCUGUGCGUCCCAGGCAGGCGGGCCAGCACCGCAGCCGGAGCCUCCGGUUCCGAGCAGACACUGUUCCCUUCUGGAAGGGCUCUGGGGGCUCGCAAUGGACUGCUCCUCAGCAAAUCUCGCUCCGGAGGGGCCGGGCCCGGAGAGCAGCGAGCGCGUUUCCAUGGCACCGAGGCUGCGGGGGCUGCGGGGCCGCGGGGCUAGCAGGUUCCCAGUCGCUCCGGUCGGAGCAAGGGCGCCCAUCUCUGCGGCCCGAGCGUCACCCAGGCGUUCCGCCCGCGCGCUCCUCCUCGUCAGUGAUGCCUAGUGGGGCCGAGCUGCUGCCGCGCCCUCCGCAGGGAGACGCAUCUCACCGGGCCCGCGAGCCCCGCACACCAACUUCUGCCCUGCGAGCUCAACUUCUGCACUGGGCUCGGACUUGCGGAGCCGGAGUGGCGCGCGGCGCGCAGCAGGGGUGGCGGCUGGAGCCGCUCCACCCCGCGGAGAUGACCUGGCGACUGUGGCUCUGGUGCUUCUGCGCUUGGGUGGCCGCCGGCUGGCCGCCAGGCAGCGCCCUUCAGCUCCGGCCAGGCAUGUAA